UCGUAUCCUUCGACCAAAACCCUCAAAGAAUUUCACGUAGAAGAGUGAACAAAACCGCGAUUUCAACAUGGAGAAGAUGAUGAACAACAACAAUGAAACGAGUUUGUUGCAAUCAAACGAUCCAAUAUACUGCGCUAACGGGUGUGGUUUCUUCGGGACCAAGGCGACAAAGAAUCUAUGCUCAAAGUGUUACAAAGAAUUAUGUCUCAAACCCUUGGUGACAACCUCUUUGGAGAAGCCCUUAAGUUUGUUGUCUUUGUCUGACGAUGAAGAAAAGGAAGAGGCUGUUAAAGAGGCUGUUGUUGAGGAGGAGUCGUGUUCGAAGAAGGCGACUAAAAACAGGUGUGAGAAGUGUAACAAGAAGGUUGGAAUGUUAGGGUUCAAGUGCAAGUGUGGGAGUACUUUCUGUGGAUCUCAUAGGUACCCUGAAGAACAUACGUGCACGUUCGAUCGCAAAGCUGCUGGUGCUGUUGCUAUUGUUAAGGAUAAUCCUCUUAUCUUCAAAGAUAAAUUACAGAAAAUCUAGGGUAUCAAGCCAUAUUUAAUCUUAUAGUUUCAAAUUCAAUUCGCGGUAUUUAGUUAUGAGUAAACUUGUUUACAAUGGGUAAUGUAUGUGACUAGAUUGGUUAGGGAAAUCAUAUAAUAGUUAAGGGGUGAUUUUUAUGUGAUUUUGCGACUAAUUAAGUGGUUUUAUAUGUUACCUCCAUUGUAUACAAGAUUAACGACUAAUUGUUUCAAUUGUGAACAUUAUAUUUUUUUUUAAUAAUAAGUUCGUUUCUUGG